AUGAUGACCCCAAUGCGAUAUGUGGUACUGGUACUGGUGAUCAUAAUAAGCUUGCAUUAUAUUGUCAGUUUCUCGAACGAGAAUUACGGCCGGGCGACGUCGCUCUCGCACAUCAAGCAGUCGAUUGGGAACCAGUUGAAGGUCGGCGACACGGUGCCCCCUUAUAAGGUCCCCAUCCCUGAAGAAUACUACAACCACCCGAACACCACCUCUCAUGUAGGCCGCAGGGCGAAUGCUACUUUUGUCAUUCUAGCCCGGAACGGAGACCUUAACGGCGUGAUCAGCAGCAUGAAGCAAGUGGAAGACCGCCUUAACAAAAAGUACCACUACCCCUACGUGUUCUUGAACGAGCAGCCAUUCGAGGAGAACUUCAAGAAGCGUGUCUCUGAGCUCACUGACUCCAAAGUUGAAUUCGGGCUCAUCCCCCAUGACCAUUGGUACCAGCCAGAGUGGAUUGAUGAGGCGAGGGCGACGGAGUCGAGAGAGAAGAUGGUGAAGGACAAUGUCAUUUAUGGGGGCAGCGUUCCAUACCGGAAUAUGUGCAGGUUUAACUCUGGUUUCUUCUAUCGCCAUGAGCUCUUGAAGAAAUAUCAAUACUACUGGAGAGUCGAACCCGACGUCAAGUUUUUCUGCGACCUUGACUACGAUCCUUUCCUCAUCAUGCAAGACCAGAACAAGAUGUACGGCUUCACAAUCUCCCUGUAUGAGUAUGAGGCGACGAUCCCGACGCUUUGGAAGGCCACGAGAGAAUUCAUCAACGCUAAUCCUGGUCUCCUCGCUCCCGACAACGCGAUGGCUUUCCUCUCUGAUGACGGAGGCGAAACAUACAACCGCUGCCACUUCUGGAGUAAUUUCGAAAUCGGCAAUCUUGAUCUCUGGAGGGGUGAGGCGUACACCAAGUUCUUUGAUUUCCUCGAUGAGAAAGGCGGUUUCUACUAUGAGCGCUGGGGAGAUGCCCCAGUCCACAGUAUUGGUGCUGCCCUCUUCGCCAAGAAGGACCAGAUUCACUUCUUCAAUGAUAUCGGCUACCGCCACGAGCCAUUCCAGCACUGUCCUCAAGGUGACUCGCACAAGAAGGGCAAAUGCUGGUGCGACAGCACACAGAACUUCGAUUACGAAUGGUACUCGUGUCUGAACAGAUAUGACAAGUUGUUUGCUUGA